GGGAGUCGGGAGACCCCCACCUCCGCCCCUCGCCCUCUGCCGCCGCCGCGUGCGUGCACGCGGACCCGGCCACGCGCGCGCACGCGCCUCACCUGGCUCAACCCCUGCCGGGGCGGCCGGCGACGGAGCAAGCGCGUGAGCGCGGACAGGCAGGCGGGUAGGGACCGCGCACGGUCCAGUCGGGGGCUGUGCGGAGGCGCGGGCUCUGGGCACCCGGAUCCUGGCGGCGGUAGCGGCGCCUCCAAUCAGGCAGCGGGCUCGCGACCCUCUGCACACUCGGUCGGCACUGCCCGCCCCGCGGACUGACUGACGCGCCGGCUCGCCCCCGCCCCCGCGCCCGCCCCCGCCUCGUCUACCCAAGCUCGGCUCAGGCUCCACUCGGCUCCACUCUGCUUGGCUCCUCUCCGCUUGGCUCUGCUCUGCUCCGCUCUCCUCCAGCCCUUGCCAGGCCCUUUCCCUGCCCGCAGCAGCUCCUCGGCUGCGCAGCGGCGGCCCGCUCGGCAGCUGCAAGCGACCAGAGAGGCGGCGGAGGCGCCCAGGAUGAAGUGCAAGCCGAACCAGACGCGGACCUACGACCCCGAGGGCUUCAAGAAGCGCGCCGCGUGCCUGUGCUUCCGCAGCGAGCGCGAGGACGAGGUGCUGCUGGUGAGCAGCAGCCGCUACCCCGACCGCUGGAUCGUGCCCGGCGGGGGCUUGGAGCCCGAGGAGGAGCCGGACGGCGCGGCGGUGCGCGAAGUGUACGAGGAAGCAGGAGUCAAGGGGAAGUUGGGCCGGCUGCUGGGAGUCUUCGAGCAGAACCAGGACCGCAAGCACCGGACCUACGUGUUCGUGCUCACCGUCACCGAGCUGCUGGAGGAUUGGGAAGACUCGGUCAGCAUUGGCAGGAAGCGAGAAUGGUUCAAGAUCGAAGAUGCCAUCAAGGUCCUCCAGUGCCACAAGCCCGUGCAUGCCGAGUACCUGGAGAAACUGAAGCUGGGCGGCUCCCCGACUAAUGGAAACUCGGCCGCCCCGUCCCAGCCAGAGAGCGAGCCCUAAUGAACAGGAACCAUGCUCAAGAUUACACUGAAGUAAAAUCAUUGAUGUGAACCCAGUAUUCAGUGGUAUUUCCAAGUUCACCGGAGUACUUUUAAGGUUCCCAAGGAGACCACUCAUCUGGUUUUCCUUCUACAUCCUGGAACACUCCUCCGUCUGUUUUACCAACAUUUUUGCUCUGGUUGUUGUACUAUUGUAUGUGAGCGGACUUAAUUCAGCACCUAUAGCCUUUUGUUGUGCUUUACUGAUGUGUCUGCCUUGUUCAUUAGACUAUUAUCUUUGAGAGCAACGACUAUUUUUCCUUAACUCUACAUAUCCUGCAUCCAAGACACUACUUGAAAUUUGGUUGGCAUCACUGGAGGUCUUUGAUUCAAUUCAUAUUUUGUAAUCUCUUUGUGGCAAACAUUUCCCUCCCAAUCUGGUGCUAGGAGAGUGUCUGCUGUCUAAGCACCAUGUGUGUGGCUUGUGUGUAACAGGUGUUUCGUAAUCAUUGCAGGACAGGUGGAGAUGGUCACCGAGAAGCGUUAGCACUCAUUCCUGUGUCAUACCAUGCAUUGGCUGGCACAGUUUUAAUACUGUGCCAUCAUUUAGAGUAACAUUUUAUAGAGUUAGUCCUUCAUGUAACAACUUUAGUGUUUUUGUACUGUUAUUAAUUUGCUUAAAAUUUUAUUCAGAAGUAUCACUUGCUAUAAAGGUCAUUGUAAAAACACUACAAUCAAAUCCUAUUGUGAGUUUUUAUAAAAGUAAAUUUUAAAGUAAUAUACAAAUAAUACAUUUAAUUUUUUUGCAAUGCUCUAUCUACUUCUUAAAUGUCAACAUUUCCUUGCAGAAAAUGCUGGGUUUUUUUUUAUUUUAAAGAUUCAAUAUUCUGUAAUAUUUAAUGGUGAACACAAAGAAAAGCUGCUUUGAAAGCAGGUUUUUCAGAGCUAUUUAUGCCAUUUAGUUGCCUAAGUGUCUUUUGCCUCUCAUUGUUUCAGUUGGCUGUGGUUCUCAUCCCUUUUCUAGUACACCCAACUAGCUUCUCGGUAGGUACCACAUGCUUUCUGCAUGUAAAAUCGCAAAAGGCUGAGAGGGCUAAAUUGGUGUCACUUAGAAAGGCUUCAGGGAAAAAGACUGCUGUAAAGGGGAACACAAGAUGAAGAAUUUAAGAGGUUUAUGGCAAAGACAUGGAAAUUUCACAGCGUUUUGCCACAGGGUGUGUGAUGUCAUUACUCUUUCUCAGCUCACUACAAGGGUUCCAAAGAGGUUCUAAUAUGGUUGUUGUGUUUUACCAUUAUAAACCAUUAUAUUGGGAAAGGCUUGAACUCCAAUUUAGUGUUAACACCCUUCCUCGUGCCAGUGAAAUGUAUUGUGUCCCCAUAUCUUACAGACUUUGAAAUAAAACUACAUCUUAUAAUUUA